UUUUAUUUUUUUUCUCAUUUUGUAGUUGUUGUUAAUUUCAAUAGGCUCGAAAAAGGAUCCUUCGAAAAACUGUGGGAACUGGUAGAAAGUCUCGCUUCUCACGAUCCUGGCGCAGGAUAAAAUUGCUAUGCACACAAAGCAGGUGCGAGCAGUGCGGCAUGACAUGCCUUCACACUCCAACGCAUGCAGGUUAAUUGACGUGCAGGUCCGUCCCAGCAGUCCGCUUAAAAACACACCUGCCGUUUUUUUCUGUAUGUGUGUGUAUAUGUGUGCGCCUGUGCGUAGCUGUGUGCAGGAUUUUCUCGUUUACUUGCCUUUUGUCUGUGCACGUAUCCUUGUACUUUCCCACACUCGCACUGGUGUAUCUUUCUGCCUGCCUGCCUGCGUCGCUGCUUCGCUGCUCGACCUGCUGUCGGCUUGGGUUUCACUUGGGUCCUGUGCGGGUAUAUAAGGCAGACGUUUCAGAGGAUCAGGCAUCAUUCGAGCACUGCGCUUCAUACAGUUAACAACUGAACAACACAACUCAAGACACAAAUUUCCAAAAUGUGCCAGAACAAGAACAUCGUCAACAACAUGACAACCAUCAAAGCCAACAAGAAAUCCAGCUACAGCGUCAAGAAGCUGCUGAUGAAACUCUUCAAGCAGCAACAACAACAGCAAGUUGAGAUCGAGCAGAACAUGCAGAACACAUACAAGAGCAACUCAUUGGAGUCUCUGGAGUCGCUUGAGAACAGCCGCAACGCUGAUCUUGAAUCAAUUGCCAACAAAUCAUGCGCCGCCUCGCUGGAGUCCUACGAGAACGAAGCCAACGAGCGUCUCUCCGCCUCCUGCGACAUGGAGGACUAUGAGUUCGAGCAAUUGCCCUCAGUGCCCGUUCACUUUGUGCGCACCGCCCAUGGCACCUUCUUCUGGACCGCCGCCUCCGAUCUGCCCGCCGACAACGAUCUGGUUGAGCCACUGUACUGCAGCACUGCCAACGAAAUUGCCGUCGCUCAGUAUCAGGAUCGUUGGGUGCAAGCCUAAGUCGACUUCGCAUCACCUUCAACGCCUUCAACCCACGCAACAAUGUCUUCCAAUUGGAACCAGCGGUUCCAGCUUCUUGCUUUAAGGCGUCUUCAGUUGAUUUUCCAUUACAAAUUAACUGCAAGUCGCGCACAAAACUCAACCGAGCUUUAGAAAAUUGUGAUAAAUUUUUACUUAAAACAAAAUAUUU